AUGCCGUUGGAGGAACAGCUCCUUAACCUCACGCCGCAUUCUUCCGAAGCCCUAUCUGGUAUCCAGCCAACUAAAGCAAUUGAAGCUAUCGAAGACGGCUGGGAAGACGAUCUAAAAGACGUCAUUGGGGGCACCAAGCCCAUCAACCUCGACAAGGCUCAAGCAGACUCACUUCUGACUGGCCUUAUGAAGAGAGUUAGCUUGAUACAAGGUCCUCCGGGUACUGGAAAGAGUUUUAUCGGCGCACUCAUCGCCAAGAUUAUGCACGAUCAUAGCAACGAGAAAAUCCUGGUCCUUACGUACACGAAUCACGCUCUGGACCAGUUCCUGGAAGACAUGUUAGAAGCAGGAAUUCCGGCUGAAUCUAUGGUACGACUGGGAUCGAAGUCGACAAAUAAGACGCAGACUCUGGGUCUUAGAGAGCAGCCAAACAAUUACAAGAGGAGUGCACAGACAUGGUCAAUGAUCGAUGCCCAGAAGAGAGAAGCCGAGUCGUACCACGAUUCUCUGGUCAAUAAAAUGGCAAGAUUCAACUCUGUCAUGUUAAACGAACGAGAGCUUCUUGACUACCUCGAAUUCUCGGACGAUUCAGAGUACUUCGAUGCGUUUGUCGUCCCUACAAACGAUUAUGGUAGUAUCGUUGCAGGUAAAAAGAACAAGCAGGUAAACGAAUACUAUCUCAUCAAGAGAUGGAUCGAGGGCAAAGAUGCAGGUGUAUUCGCCAAAGAUGCAACACAGAACUAUCCUCACAUAUGGACGACUGCAAAGCAGAAUCGUCACGUACUCUGGGACAAAUGGCGGAAGACAAUUCUCGUGGAGCAAAUCAGCGAGAUCAACCACAAGCAGCUGCGACCCAAAGUCAACAACUACAGCCUGACUGUGGAGAAAGGCGAUGGCUACAACCUCAAUGUAUCUUUGUUUGAACGGCUUGUGCUCAGUGGCGUCCCGCAUGCGAUUCUCACCAAACAGCAUCGUAUGCGUCCUGAGAUCUCAUCGCUCGUCAGGUCGCUUACCUACCCGGAGCUAGAGGACGCCGACAAGACAAAGGGCCGACCUGCACUGCGUGGCUUCCAGGACAACGUUAUAUUUGUGUCGCAUUCGCAUCCAGAGCUCAACGCGGUGAAGAUUGCCGACCGAGGUGAUGGUGACGCCAAAUCCAGCAAGGAAAACUUGUACGAGGCUGAAAUGGUACUGAAAUGCGUUCGAUAUCUUGGCCAGCAAGGCUAUGAUAACUACCAGGGUGAGGAAAGUAAUAUUGUCAUUACAUGCCUUACGCGUAGCAACGAUGCUGGAGACAUUGGCUUCAUGUCGUCACCGCAACGUGUCAACGUGUUACUAUCUCGAGCAAGGGAUGCUCUGAUACUAAUCGGAAACGCUGAUACCUUCAUGAAGUGUCGUAAAGGGGAAGAGGUCUGGGUCCCGCUCAUGGAUCAGUUGAAGCAGAACGGUCAUGUCUAUGACGGCUUUCCUGUCAAAUGUGAACAGCAUCCCGAGAAGACUGCGCUUUUGACUGAGAAAGAGCAAUUUGAUUCUGUAUGCCCCGACGGAGGCUGUUCUGAGCCUUGUGGCAAAAUGCUUAGCUGCGACAUUCACUCUUGUACUAGUCAAUGCCACCAGCUGCAGGAUCACUCUAAGAUGAAGUGCAAGGCCAUUGUGUCAUUCACAUGUGCCAACAAGCACACAACCACGAGGAGGUGUCAUGAUAAGGCAGCAACCCACUGUCCGAAAUGCGAAGCUGAAGUGCGAGCACGGGAGAAAAAGCGCCAACGAGACCACGAACUGGACCAACAGCGGCAGGCAAAACAACGAGCUUAUGCAGCCCGGCUAUUAGAGAUUGAGGAAGAAAUUGAGCACCAGAAGCGUGUCCUGAAAGACCAAGCGGAGGACAGAGACCGCCAGGCGGCGCUUGAACAAAAGAAGCAAGACCUCCGCAAUUUGCGGGCGAAAGCUAAACAGCCAGCUCAAGCCCCCCCAUCACAGGAUCCUGGUAAUAAGGCACCAAACUCUCCUUCUAUGCCAUCAGGCGGCCCUACUACCCCCAGUACGACUACGGCUGGUCCUAGUGGAACUACAGCCGAUUCCGGACCAUCUACGCCGGACCAGGAUGAGAGCCAACCUGACUGGGACAAAAGUGAGGCGAGGGAUGACUGGGAGUGGCAGAAAAAUUAUGAGGGCGCAGAGAACGAGGCACUAGAUUCUCUAGUGUCUAUGAUUGGACUUGAAGCUGUCAAACAGCAAUUCCUUGCAAUCAAGGCCAAGGUCGACACCAUUGUUCGCCAAAACGUUUCGCUGACGGGAGAACGAUUCGGGGCAGCUCUGCUAGGCAACCCCGGAACUGGCAAAACGACCGUGGCUCGCUACUACGCCAAGUUUUUGGUCAGAGUUGGUGCGCUUCCUGGCGACCAUUUCUUCGAGAGCUCCGGAUCAGCUCUGGCCAACGAUGGCGUGUCCGCCUGCAAAGCUCACAUCGACAAGAUCUUGGAGGAAGGCGGUGGUGUUUUCUUCAUUGAUGAAGCAUACCAGUUAGUCUCAGGUAACAGCCCUGGUGGCAAAGCAGUGAUGGACUAUCUGCUUGCUGAGAUUGAAAAUCUGACUGGAAAAGUCGUGUUUGUACUGGCUGGAUAUCAUAAGCAGAUGGAGGCGUUUUUUGCCCACAAUCCCGGAAUUCCAAGCCGCAUACCGAUUCGAAUGGAGUUCCAGGACUACGAAGAUCGCGAGCUCCAACAGAUCUUCUGCCAGUACAUCGACAAGAAGCACCGUGGAAGCAUGAAGUUCGAGGGUGGAACGUCCGGCCUAUACGUUCGCAUUGUCGCUCGUCGCAUCGGCCGUGGUCGUGGUCGUGACGGCUUCGGCAAUGCACGCGAAGUGCAGAACAAGAUUGCUCAGAUUGCCGAACGCCAAGCCAAACGCCUAAAGAAGGAGAGACGUACUGGUGCGACGCCAGACGACAAUCUGCUCACCAAAGAAGAUUUGAUAGGCCCGGAACCCUCGUCGGUGCUCAAGAAUAACGCUGGAUGGACGAAGCUACAAAAGCUUAUCGGAUUGACCUCGGUCAAAGAGUCGGUACAAGCUCUUCUCACCGGCAUACAGACUAACUAUCAGCUGGAGCUCAAGGAAAAGCCCAUUAUUCAAUAUUCGCUAAACCGUUGCUUGAUUGGUUCACCUGGAACAGGAAAGACAAGCAUAGGUAAAUUGUAUGGGCGUAUCCUAGCCGACAUUGGACUUCUUUCGAAUGGCGAAGUUGUUGUAAAAAGCCCCGCGGAUUUUGUUGGCAACGUCCUUGGGGGGUCCGAGAAAAAUACCCAAGCCAUCCUGGCGUCUACAGUUGGUAAAGUUCUCAUUAUCGAUGAGGCUUACAUGCUGGCCAGUGGCGCUUCAGGCGAUCACUUCAAAGCUGCUGUGAUCGACACAAUUGUCGCUGAGGUUCAGAGUACUGCGGGCGAAGAUCGUUGCGUGCUCUUACUGGGAUACAAAGACAAAAUGGAGGAGAUGUUUCGGGAUGUCAACCCUGGCCUUGCCAGGCGUUUUCCAUUGGAGUCUGCUUUCGUCUUUGAAGACUUCAACGACGCUGAAAUUCGUUGCAUCCUUGAUCUCAAGCUAAAGGACAUUGGUUUCAGCGCGACUGAUCAGGCUAAGAAGGUCGCUAUGGACGUCAUACAACGUGCGCGAAACCGUCCAAACUUUGGAAAUGCAGGAGAGGUGGACAUCAUUUUGGAUCGCGCCAAAGCACUGCACCAAAAGCAUUCGACCGCUAACAAGAUCAAACAAUUUGGAAAUUUUGAGGCCAUAGACUUUGAUCCCGAUUUCGAUCGCGGCGAGCGUGCUGCUACUCAACUCAGUUCCCUGUUCCAAGAUGUCGUGGGCUGCGAAGAGCUGAUUGAGCAGUUCCGCGGCUACCAAAUCACAGCCGCGAACUUGAAGUCUCUUGGGAUGGACCCUCGAGAACAGUUGCCUUUCAACUUUUUAUUCAAAGGGCCGCCAGGUACUGGGAAGACAACGACGGCAGCCAAGAUGGGCAAGAUCUUUUACGAUAUGGGCUUUCUCAGCCAGGCGAAGGUCGAGGAGUGUUCAGCUACUGACCUGAUUGGACAGUAUGUUGGUCACACAGGACCAAAGGUGCAGAAACUCAUGGAGAAGGCCAUGGGCAAGGUACUCUUCAUUGACGAAGCCUAUCGACUCGCCGAGGGAGGCUUUGCAACCGAAGCGAUGGAUGAGCUGGUUGACUGCCUCACGAAGCCCAAAUUUGUACAAAAGCUGGUUGUAAUCUUGGCAGGUUAUGACAAGGAUAUCGACCGACUGAUGAGUAUGAAUCCCGGACUUACCAGCCGUUUCCCCGAGACGAUUAUGUUUAAGCAUCUAGAGCCAGAUAAAUGCUUGGAGCUUCUGGUCAAGGUUUUCGCAGACCUGAAGAAGAGGAAAAAUGCACCACUCGACCUUUCCGUUAUCGAUCCGCCCACACAGGAACUACAAAAGCAAUUGCUAGAGUUUUUCAGCAAGCUAUCUGUGUUGGAAUCAUGGGGCAAUGCACGCGACGUCAAGUCUCUUGCUAAGAGCAUGUUCAAAGAUCUUAUCUCGAAGGCUACACCUCCAAUCACCAGUCUUGUACUUACAAACGAGAUCAUCAUUGACGUCAUGAAGACGAUGUUAGAUGAGCGCUCGAGACGAAAUGCUGCUGUUGGUACAGCCCGAUUUCCGAACCGAUUGCCUCGACGCUCAAUGCCGCCAUCUGAGCUACAGCAGCAAAAGCCGCCUACCAAUGUACCUCAAGGACCAUCAGACACGGGUGUCGAAACCAAAAAGCGGGAAGACUCUCCACAGCAAAAGGAGGAGAAGCCUAAGCCCGCCAUAGAGCCUGAAGAUCCACUUGACGCAAUAUUCAAAGCCAAGCGCGAUCCCGGUGUAUCUGACGCCAUAUGGGAGCAGCUCGAGCGUGACAAACACGCCAUGGUCGCCAAGGAGCGUGAGUUCCGCCAUCUCCAAGAACAGAAGCGCAAGGAAGAAGAAGAUAUAAUAGCAAUGAUCCGCGCGGAGAAGGCUGCUGCGGAUGAAGAAGAGCGGCUGAAGAGGGAGCAAGCACGUAUCACCGCUGAACUGGAGAGGAGGCGUCGUGAUGAAGAGUUGGCUGCGAUUGAGCGGGAGCGCCAAAAAGAGAUGGAAAGACAGAAGAAGUUGAGAAGGCUGCGCCCAUGUCCGAUGGGAUACCGUUGGAUCAAGCAGUCCAGUGGGUAUCGGUGUGCGGGUGGCAGUCACACGCUGAGUGAUUCGGACAUCGAUGCUUUCUGCCGUUAA